AGGUCUGAGCAGUGCCAGGGUACCCUGUGACCCCUAAGAACAGCUAAGGUCCUGCGCAGAACCCUCAAACUCCCAGGCCUCGGAGCUUCAAUCACAACAUGACAGGUUGAAURGUGCAAACCAUCGAGUCCAGCUGAUUUCCAGGAAGCAAACAUCCACAAGGAGUCACAAGAACCAGUGCCAGAAAAACUGAGACAGCAUCACCAACACCACAGGAGACCAGAUCCAGGUUUCCUUCCAGGACCAGCUUGCUGCUUUUACUGACCUGAGGAGAAGUGGAUCAGCAGAGCAUGAAGAAGACCACAAAUACUGCUCUUAAGAGGUCCUUUGAGGUGGAGGAUGUCGACACCUCGUCCCAUUCUUCGCCCGGYUCUCGUCGAGCCACCAGCUCUCCUCACCGUAACGCCAUGUCUCCCACCAGUAUCUACUACCGUGACCUGGGCACCGCCGCCUCCGCCUCCAGCAACAACAUCAACUAUACUCAACCGCGCUCCAUCAUGGGGGGAGGAGGGUCCAAGACUCCUGAGCCGGUGUCACGCCGUUCUGAACUCUCCAUUGACAUCUCUUCGUCCAGCAAGCAGGUGGAUCACAUCACCAGCCCCGCUUCUUCACGCUUCGGGAGCAGCAGCGCCCUGAAACGCCCCGAAGUCCUGGGUCACUCCAAGACCCCUGAGAUGGGUCACAAGAGGGAGGUAACUUUUGCCAAGAGCCUGACCGACUCCCCCGUGAUCCGCCGCAACGAGGGCAUCGGCAGCAACAACGGGAUCGCCCGAGUCCCCGAGCUGAAUCACACGCGCAAGUUCGAGGCCCCGAGCCUCGGGGAAGUUCGUAAACCCGACAUCAACAUCACCAAAGCUCCUCAGGAAAACAACGGGCACCACGCGGCAGUGCACCACCCCCACCACCCCAACCCCCAUCACAGCACCAUCGUCACCACCUUCCGCUGCUCCUCGCCGAGCCACGCUGGACGCAAGUCUCCCAACCCUGACCGGUCAGAGGUCAGCCUGAGCCAUAGCAACAUGUCCGAGUCCRCCAAGCCCCACCAUCCCACCCCUCCAGCCAAGGGGGAGAAGAGCCAUGUAGGYGACUUCAGCUACGUGGGCAUCGACGCCAUCCUGGAGCAGAUGAGGAGGAAGGCCAUGAAGCAAGGCUUUGAGCUCAACCUCAUGGUAGUGGGGCAAAGCGGCCUGGGGAAGUCCACCCUGAUGAACACACUGUUUAAAUCCAAGGUGAGCCGUAAUAAGUCAGUGCAGUCUGACCCGGAGGAGAGGAUCCCCAAGACAGUCGAGAUCAAGUCCAUCAGUCACGAUGUGGAGGAGAAAGGAGUGAGGAUGAAGCUGACAGUCAUCGACACUCCAGGCUUUGGGGAUCAAAUUAAUAAUGAAAACUGCUGGCAGCCCAUCAUGAAGUUCAUCAACGACCAGUAUGAAACCUACCUGCAGGAGGAGAUCAACAUCAACAGGAAGAAGAGGAUCCCAGACUCCAGGGUGCACUGCUGCAUAUACUUCAUCCCUCCCACCGGCCACUGUCUGAGGCCUCUGGAUGUGGAGUUCAUGAGUCGUCUCAGCAAAGUGGUGAACAUCGUACCCGUCAUCGCCAAAGCUGACACGCUCACMCUGGAGGAGAGGGACAGCUUUAAACAGACGAUUAGGGAAGAACUGCGAGACAACGGGAUCGACGUUUACCCCCAGAAAGAGUUUGACGAGGAUGCAGAGGACAGAAUGAUCAACGACAAAAUCAGGGAGAUGAUCCCUUUUGCUGUUGUGGGCAGCGAUCAGGAGUACCAAGUGAACGGCAAGAGGAUUCUGGGAAGGAAAACAAAAUGGGGCACCAUAGAAGUCGAGAACGUCGCACAUUGUGAGUUUGCUUACCUGCGAGACCUCCUCAUCAGGACACACAUGCAGAACAUCAAAGACAUCACAGGCAGCAUCCACUACGAGACUUACCGUGUCCGCCGAUUAAACGAGUCCAACGGCCACCUCAUCUCUCAGCCCUCAGACGUGCAGCCGAAGGCCAACGGUCAUCUGGAGGUGCAGCCUGCGGCCCUGCAGGCCAACGGAGUGGCUGCUCAGCAYGAAGCUCUGUCCCACGAGAUGUAGAGAGGGGCGGGCACCGGCGGGCAUGAACAUACACUCAGACAUGAACCGGCUCACACACACUGACCAUGUGAAGAUCCUUUGAAAUACACAGGUGGACUACCAACUUCAGCUGUUUUUUUUUUCUCUCUGACCUUCUCUCCUCUUUUCAGUUCUGUUCAAUAGGCUCUCAUCUGGAUUGGUAUUGCAAAGGUUGUCAGAUCACAAGUUAGAUUUUUAAGCGUUGGAAACAUAACAGCAACAGAGGAAAACUUCCUUUGCACAGAAAAAAAAAUACCCAAUGAACUGUCCAGAUGGGAACAAACAACAUCAUUUAAAAUGAAGCAACCUGCCUGGUUUGUUUUGUGCUGUGGUGUAUAGAUUGUAUAGUCACUAGGGUUACAGUAGGGACAUUUAGAUUAGCUCUAUAUAUGGAUAAUGUCGUCGACACCUCCACACUGUAAAAUGAAAAGAAAGCAGUGGUAGUGUGGAGCAGUUUGCAGAAAAAGGAGAACCCCUUGUCAUUUUUUUCUGUUGAGAUGUUUUAACGAAACCUUUUUGCCAAACCUUACCAUGUCUUUCUAUAUAUUGCCAACCAUGUUGUGUGUUUCCUCUUACAUUGCUCAUUUACUGUUGUAAUUUUAUUGCUUAUGUUGAUGUUCUAAUAUUGUUGUACAAGAUGGGAGUGCAGCGGUUGUCCCAUGCAGCUGUUUUGUCCAUAUUUCCGACUGUAAACCAAAUAAAAAUGCAUUUCUUGUUCUUAAAAAAAGCACAUACAGUAUAUAGUGUUUACUUAUGAGUAGGUAUUUAUAUGUGUAGUUUAAUGUAAUCCAAUUGAUUCCACUUAAGUUUAAUGCAGGUCUUAAACUGUGAUUAAAAUUGUAGGUCGUUUCCAUUCUUUCAGCAUGUUCCCUAUUUUUGAGACUGCUCYGUGUUUAACAUCAAACAACUUUAUUCAUUAUAGAAUUAUUCUUUCCAACAUGACAAUUACAUGCAUAAUAUUACAACCACAUGCUGCAGAUUUUCUGUUACGACUGUGAUGAAGGAUUGGUGUCUGGAAAAAAUAAAAAAUAAAUCUUGCCCGUAAAUUAAUGCAAACAGAUUUCAGCAGCUAAAAAGUGAAUAUUUUUGAUAUCACAAAAGCUCAAGGGAUGUUUUAUAGGAUAAAUCUAUUUAUACCAGUCUGAUUUUCAAAUGCAAUGUUGAGUUUACCCAAAAUUAUUUUCUAAACAAAAUUGAGAAGAACUAAUGUGUCUUAUCAGAUAAAGUGAAUUAAACUUUGUGUACUGUUGUAUAGUUCUUGUGUCGUUUGUGUCAUUGUAGACURAGGUUUGGUAUCUUUGAUAUGCUAUCUGAAAGAAUAAAGAUUGAUAUUUUUA